GUAUGCUUAAGGAAAUUGAAUUAUAUCAUUCAUUUAGAUAAACGGCCCACAAAAAAUCGAAUUGUAUAAUCAUUCUUGAAACAUUUCCUUAGUAGUAUAUAUACAUUUGUCCAUUUUCCUCUUUUUGAACUAUCAUUGUGUUAAAUCUUACAUAAUACAAUUUUAUGCUACUAAAAUCAGGUACUGGAGGCUAUGCUUACUUGUUAGAGCCUCUUUGGUGGGCUGGCAUGAUUACAAUGAUUGUUGGAGAGAUAGCAAAUUUUGUUGCCUAUAUUUUUGCCCCAGCAGUUCUUGUGACUCCUCUUGGUGCAUUGAGCAUUAUUGUUAGUGCUGUUCUAGCACACUUUAUGCUGAAGGAACGAUUAAGGCAGAUGGGUAUUCUGGGAUGCAUGUCGUGCAUUGUGGGAUCAGUCGUAAUUGUAAUUCAUGCACCUCAGGAACAUACACCGAGUUCUGUGCUAGAAAUCUGGAAUUUGGCUACUGAACCAGCUUUUCUGAUUUAUGUAGCAGUGACAUUGUCAAUAGUACUUGUUCUGAUUAUGUACUUCGAGCCCCACUAUGGACAGACAAACAUAGUGGUUUACUUGGGAAUUUGUUCAUUGAUGGGUUCACUUACGGUCAUGAGCAUAAAGGCUAUAGGAAUUGCCAUAAAGCUUACUCUGGAGGGGAUCAGUCAAGCAUCAUAUCCGCAGACGUGGUUUUUUCUUUCGGUUGCAGUAAUCUGUGUGAUCACACAGUUAAAUUAUCUUAACAAGGCGCUUGAUACUUUCAAUGCAGCAAUUGUUUCUCCAAUAUAUUAUGUGAUGUUCACAACUCUAACCAUCAUUGCAAGUGCCAUAAUGUUCAGGGAUUGGUCAGGUCAGAACAUGAGCAGCAUAAUAUCUGAAAUAUGUGGAUUCAUCACUGUCCUUUCGGGAACAAUCAUACUUCACGUGACACGAGAGAAGGAAACUGCAACUCUGCCAGGUAUAGUCCAAGGAACCAUAAUAUGGUUCGAUGGAGAUCCAGCAAAGGGCUUGGAAGAUGCACAUUAUAUCACAUUGCACUCUCCCGACUUCUUUCAUUAAUGGAAUUUUUGAAGAGAUGCAGCAAGACUAGCACUUGAGCUAAUAUGGCACCCAAUGAUUUAUGAUUUUGGGUAUAUAAGUUUCUCAAAAGAAUAAUGCUAUCUAGCACCAUUAAUGUUAGAUCACUGGUCUAAAUGUCAUAACGUGAUAGACUCAAUUAAAGGUGGAAUUAUUUGAUUCAUUAAUUGUGCCUAUCAUUUAAUGCCGCUAA